UUUCCUGGGGUACCGCAGGCGUCGGGAAGCCACCAGGCGGAAAGGAGGAUGCUUCGGGGCGGCGAUCGCAGCACCUUCGCUCCCCCACGCACCCCGAAUUUAGCGCGGCCGCGGGGCGCGAAGGUGGCUAUUGAUUGAGAUGCCGCACACACAAACAGAAACGCACAGCGGUAUUGAUGAGCGGACCCUUGGCGUCAGAGGUUGGCUGAAGCGCACCAUGUCUGCUUCCAUCGCUUGCUCUGGGAAGUUGUGAAUUGCUCAUGCCUAAAGGGAGGAAGGAUGGCACAUGGGAUUCCACCUCAAGGCAAAGUUCCCAUCACGGUGGAUGAGUAUAGCUCGAACCCCACCCAGGCGUUCACGCACUACAACAUCAACCAGAGCAGGUUCCAGCCGCCACAUGUACAUAUGGUCGACCCCAUCCCAUAUGACACUCCAAAACCAGCGGGCCACACGCGGUUUGUCUGCAUCUCAGACACACACUCCAGAACAGAUGGUAUCCAGAUGCCUUAUGGGGACAUCCUUCUCCACACAGGCGAUUUCACCGAGCUGGGACUGCCCUCAGAGGUUAAGAAGUUUAAUGACUGGUUAGGAAACCUGCCAUAUGAAUAUAAAAUAGUGAUUGCUGGGAAUCAUGAACUGACAUUCGAUAAGGAAUUCAUGGCUGACCUUGUUAAACAGGACUACUACCGCUUCCCCUCUGUGUCCAAGUUGAAACCGGAGGACUUUGACAAUGUGCAGUCCCUCCUGACAAACAGCAUUUACUUACAAGAUUCGGAGGUGACGGUGAAGGGAUUCAGGCUAUACGGAGCACCUUGGACCCCGUGGUUUAAUGGAUGGGGCUUUAACCUACCCAGAGGUCAGUCUCUGCUGGACAAGUGGAACCUCAUCCCUGAGGGCAUCGACAUACUCAUGACACAUGGACCUCCUCUAGGUUUCCGAGACUGGGUUCCAAAGGAGCUGCAGAGAGUGGGCUGCGUGGAGCUUUUGAACACCGUCCAGAGGCGAGUCCGGCCCAAGCUCCACGUGUUUGGUGGAAUCCAUGAAGGGUACGGCAUCAUGACCGAUGGCUACACAACGUACAUCAACGCCUCGACGUGUACAGUCAGCUUUCAACCCACCAACCCUCCGAUUAUAUUUGACCUUCCGAAUCCGCAGGGUUCUUGAAGCUCUUAACGCCCUAUUGGAAUGUGAGGGAAGGUCUAUAAACUGCCAUUUUUCUAAUUAUAAAGUUACAUCCUCUUACUUGUUUAUUUCCAAAUCCUGUGAGUUCUUUUUGUAAAUUGUUGAAACACAAACGAUGUUCGAGGUUGUGCUUCUUCCUUAUUAUUAUUAUUUUUUUUUAAUGGGACAUCCAUUUGAAAUCAAAGGAGCAUUGUGAAUUUGUAAAAUGACUUCUGUUUUCUUAAAGGCCACGCCAUUGUAAAUUGUUAGUGUUCGCCAAAGGACAGCCAAGCUUU